GCUGAUAAUACAUGGAACGGGUGGAACACCGAGUUGACAGCCAGACAGCUACCGGUGGAAGACAUCAAUUUACGCCUCUGGCAGCAGAGUUGGUUUGUUGAGGGUUUUGCGGAGGGACUAGCCAGAGAGUAGUGCAGCCAUGGGGGAGCUGUUCCGCAGCGAGGAGAUGACGCUGGCCCAGCUCUUCCUCCAGUCUGAGUCGGCCUACUGCUGCGUCAGCGAGCUGGGCGAGAUCGGCAUGGUCCAGUUCAGAGACCUGAAUCCAGACGUGAACGUGUUCCAGAGGAAGUUUGUGAACGAAGUGCGUCGCUGUGAGGAGAUGGACCGCAAACUGAGGUUUGUGGAAAAGGAGAUAAAGAGAGCCAACAUCCCCGUUGUUGACACUGGAGAGAACCCAGAGAUUCCUCUCCCCAGAGACAUGAUUGACCUUGAGGCCACCUUUGAGAAGCUGGAGAAUGAGCUGAAGGAGAUCAACACCAACCAGGAGGCGCUGAAGAAGAACUUCCUGGAGCUCACCGAGCUCAAGCACAUCCUGAGGCGCACCCAGCAGUUCUUCGAUGAGGUCAGGGCUGGCAGUGCAAGUGGAAGUGGAAGUAGAAGUGGAAGAAUGGAGGACCCAGCACUGAUGGAAGAGUCCUCCACCCUGCUGGACCCCAGUGAGGUGGGCCGGGGAGCUCCGCUAAGGCUGGGGUUUGUUGCUGGGGUGAUCGGGAGAGAGAGAAUUCCUACUUUCGAGAGAAUGCUCUGGCGGGUGUGCCGCGGCAACGUCUUCCUUCGGCAGGCCGACAUUGAGGACCCUCUUGAGGACCCAACUACAGGGGAUCAGGUGCACAAGUCGGUCUUCAUCAUCUUUUUCCAGGGUGACCAGCUGAAGAACAGAGUGAAGAAGAUCUGUGAGGGGUUCCGAGCGUCCCUGUACCCCUGUCCCGAGACCCCACAGGAGAGGAAGGAAAUGGCUGGUGGGGUCCACAGCCGCAUCGAUGACCUGCAGAUGGUACUGAACCAGACGGAGGACCACAGGCAGCGGGUGCUGCAGGCGGCUGCUAAGACGGUGCGCGUGUGGUUCAUCAAGGUGCGCAAGAUGAAGGCCAUCUACCACACGCUCAACCUGUGCAACAUCGACGUCACCCAGAAGUGCCUCAUCGCCGAGAUCUGGUGCCCAGUGUCCGACCUGGACUCCAUCCAGUUUGCCCUGCGGAGAGGAACGGAGAAGAGCGGCUCCACCGUGCCCUCCAUCCUCAACCGGAUGCAGACCAAGCAGACGCCGCCCACCUUCAACAAGACCAACAAGUUCACCUCGGGCUUCCAGAGCAUCGUGGACGCCUACGGCAUCGGCACGUACCGCGAGAUGAACCCAGCCCCAUACACCAUCAUCACCUUCCCCUUCCUGUUCGCCGUCAUGUUUGGUGACCUGGGCCACGGGGUGCUCAUGACCUGUGCCGCCCUCUACCUGGUCCUGAGGGAGAACCGGCUCCUGACCCAGAAAAACGACAACGAGAUAUUUAACAUGAUGUUCGGCGGGCGCUACAUCAUCCUGCUGAUGGGGGUCUUCUCCAUCUACACGGGGAUCAUCUACAACGACUGCUUCUCCAAGUCGCUCAACAUCUUCGGCUCCAGCUGGAGUGUGCGGCCCAUGUUCCAGGAGAGCAUCCGCGGCGGGGGCAACUGGACGUUCCAGACUCUGGAGGACAACCGUGUUCUUCAGCUGGACCCAGCGGUCAGAGGAGUUUUUGGGGGACCGUACCCCAUUGGCAUUGACCCGAUCUGGAGCAUCUCCACCAACAAGCUGACCUUCCUGAACUCCUUCAAGAUGAAGAUGUCCAUCAUCCUGGGCGUCAUCCACAUGCUGUUUGGAGUCACCCUCAGCCUCUUCAACCACCUGUACUUUAAGAAGCCUCUGAACAUCUACCUGGGCUUCAUCCCUGAGGUGGUCUUCAUGUGCAGUCUCUUUGGCUACCUGGUGCUGCUGGUCUUCUACAAGUGGAUUGCGUACGACGCCAAGACCUCCCAAGAAGCUCCCAGCCUCCUCAUCGCCUUCAUCAACAUGUUCCUGUUCAACUACAACGACCCCACCAAUAAGCCACUCUACAGAGGACAGUCGGUUAUUCAGACCUUCUUGGUGCUCAUUGCGUUGGCCUGCAUCCCCAUCAUGCUGAUAGUCAAAACUCUGGUGCUACGCAGACAGUACCUCUGGAGGAGGAAUCUGGGCACACAAAACUUCGGCGGGAUCCGGGUGGGCAACGGGCCAACAGAAGACGAGGCCGAGAUCAUCCAGCACGACCAGCUGUCGCAGCAUUCCGAGGAGGAGCCCGAGUUUAACUUUGGAGAUGUAGCAGUGCAUCAGGCUAUCCACACUAUAGAGUACUGCCUGGGCUGCAUCUCCAACACAGCGUCCUACCUGAGGCUCUGGGCUCUCAGCCUGGCCCAUGCACAGCUGUCGGAGGUGCUGUGGGGCAUGGUGCUGAAGAUCGGCCUGGCCUCGCGGAGCUUUGGUGGCGUCUUCGUCCUGACGGCCAUCUUUGGAGCCUUCGCCACUAUGACCGUCUGUAUCCUGCUCAUCAUGGAGGGUCUGUCAGCGUUCCUACAUGCACUGAGGUUACACUGGGUGGAGUUUCAGAACAAGUUCUACUGUGGCCAGGGCUUCAAGUUCCUGCCAUUCUCAUUUGACAACAUCCUGGAGGGGAAGUCUGAGGACUAAUGAAAACUCCAACAGUGUCCUUCCCCUUUCUCCAAUAACAGCCAAUCAGGUGCAGGCAGAUAGGAGAACCCUGGAAUUAAACUGAUUGUGAUUGGCCGUUGCACCAGUGUUCAGAAAGCUGAUUUAUAAGCUUUAUCAGUUCAUUCAUCACAAAAUGCAUUAAUGCACAUGCAUUAGUAAUGAUAAUAGUUGAUAGGGUAUUUUAGAGCUCCACGCCUAUUUGGUUCAUAGAUAUCUAUUUCCUCCAGUAAUAAAUUCUGAGGUCUAACUGCUAGCUAUUCCUGUACUUGUCUUUCGAGUCUUCUUCUGUUGGUCAUGUGUUGUGUUUUUAAAUCAGAUAAGUUAUUGGUGUCCUGUUAUUGGCAUAGUGUCCACUCUGUGUCUGUGAUACUGUGUAGUCUGUAUGUGUGUGUGUGUGUGUGUGUGUGUGUGUGUUUUGUUUACGUGUGUGUGUGUGUGUGUGUGUGUGUGUGUGUGUGUACACACAUAUACAGACAGAUUGCACUUGUGAUCAUUUGUCCAGUCAGGGAUCUGUAUGUAGUUUGAAUGGAAGGUGGCGUUGGCAAUGGCCACUGUAUCUCUGCAGCACUGCUCUCUAAUGUAGUGAUUCACAUGUCAAUAAUAUCUGUGCUGAAACAGAAACACAAUGGUGGCCACUGAGCCAUCAGAGAACAGGUGCUCUCAUUGGCCUUGAAGUUCAGCUCCCUGGCAGGCUUUUGGAGUUGUUGUGCAGCGUCCCAAAGGCAGUGCAGGUGAUCGCAAGGUGCCCACAGCUCUGUCAGCCCAUGCCCACUAGAUCUGGAUACGCCCAACCAACCACCUCUUCUGUCAUGCAGGCAAUGCACACUCACACACACCUUCACUCUCAAAAAGACUCUCACACACAUGCACACACACAUGCACACACACACACACACACACGCCUUGUCCCACUGUAAAGGUCUCAAAGGGAUUGUGAAAUGUACUGUGAGCAGCGUGGCCACAGACCCCCCGUCUGCACCCCUGCCCUCUCCCCACUGAGGCUGCAGCAGCGCCACGCUGAUGCCCACACGCUGAUGCCCACACGCUGACGCCCACACGCCAGCCCUACUCGCUCGUCUUCUCACCGAGGGAUCUUGUGUUCACGUCCACACAAAGAGAUUGUUCAUGUUCAAGAUUUGAUGUUGAUUUGUGUGUUUCUGCCUGUUUUUUUUUUCCCCCCUUGUUCUUUUCCAAGUCACUGUCAGUCUUAUGUUAUGUAUAUAAGUGGUCUGGUCAGAAAUCAAAUAAGCGCACAUGUAUUGUUCAAAGAGCAUCCAUUUGUACAACCAUCUCAGACACAGUAGGGAACAUUUUAGUGUAGAGCUUCUUGUUGUCUAGGCAUCUAGACAGCAAAUGUGUGUUCAUUGUCUAUGUUUACAACAAGACCUAUUUGGCUCUUUUUGGGGGGUAGGGGUGGGCAGUGACUGUGAGAUUUGUAGUCUUAAAGGGGUUCAUUGGAGAGCUGUGAACGGGACAAAAGGUCUAGUUGACUGCCUGCAAGGCUGAUGUAAGAGUCUGUAAAGUGUGCUUUUGUCAAUAAACAGGAAAGGAAAUGUA